AUGGUCGUAUAUUGUUCACCAUUUCUUUUUUUUUUAUCUCCUAUAUUUCCUUUUUUCGUCUUCUUCUUCUUCUUGAUUUUCUUAUUUCAUCGUCGUAUUUGGGAUCCUCCUCCUCCUCCUGAUCAGUCUUGGGAUUCUUUUCUUCUUCAAAUUCUUUCAUUUUCAUCACUCCUCCUUUUCCUCCUCAAUCUUCUUUUUUUUUCUUAUUUUCUCAUCACUCCUCCUCCUCCUCAAUCUUCUUCUUUUUCUUCUUCUUCUACUUCUUCUUCUUUAUUGUCAUCACUCCUCCUCCUCCUCCUCAAUCUUCUUCUUCUUCUUCGUCAUCACUCCUCCUCCUCCUCCUCCUCCUCAAUCUUCUUCUUUUUCUUCUUCUUCUUCUUCACUGUCAUCACUCCUCCUUCUCCUCCUCAAUCUUCUUUUUCUUCUUCUUCUUCUUCUUCUUCAUUGUCAUCACUCCUCCUCCUCCUCAUCCUCAAUCUUCUUCUUCUUCUUCAUCGUCAUCACUUCUCCUUCUCCUCCUUAAUCUUCUUCUUCUUAUUAACUAUUGAAUCAUUUUCUUAUUCUUUUUUCAGCAUCAUCACCUAUUUUCUUUUCGUAUACUCCAUCUUCUUUUCCUCUUCCUCAUUUCCCUUCUUUUCCACAUUCUUCUUUUUCUUCUUCUUCUUCCUUCCUUCUUCUUCUUCUUCUUCUUUCCUUCUUCUUCUUCUUCUUCUUCUUCUUCUUCUCCUCCUCAUCUUCAUUCCAUAUUCGUCUUUCCACUUUUUUCCUUUUCAUUUCACCGUUUUCUUCUUCAUUAUAAUUCCAUCUGCCUUCUCUUCUUUUAUUUCUUCAUCCUCUUCUUCGCAUUUCCGCUCUAUUCACCCAUUCUUCUUCUUCUUCUUCUUCUUCUUCUUCUUCUUCUUCUUCGUCAUUAGUCCUCCUACUCCUCCUAAAUCUUUUGCAUUUUCUUCUUCUAUUUCUUCUUCAUCUGCUUCAUCAUCCCACCCUCCCCUUCACAUUUCCUCUCUCGUCACCCAUCUUUCCUUCGUCCUCGUCCUCCCCCUCUUCUUCUUCUUCUUUGUUUGCCUCCCUAUUUUCCCCAUUUUCUCUUUUUCUUCUCCUUCGCCGUAA